UACACAGAGACGACAAAGAAGGCGAGGUCGAAGAAUAAAUAUACGAGGCCCCCAAAACCACGACAGGAGUCCAUGUCCCGUCGCGUGUGCAAUUUGGAGAUCGCCGUGGACAACACGCUCACCGACAACAUCCUGCAGGAUACCAAGAGUAUCGUGGCGUCGCGGGAGAUCGCCACGUCCGUUAUCGCCCACAUGAUAGACAAAGUGAACUCCAUCUACGGUGCCACAAACUUCAACGGCAUAGAAGACAUCAGCUUCGUCGUGCAGCACAUUAUGAUUAGCGAGCCUGGAGACUGCGUGGGCUACAAGGCGAAGCAGAACCCGCUGUGCAGCACGUCGUUGGAUCCCACCGCAACUUCUGUACCUGGUGUCGCUUACGCGCCAUGAUGACUACUGCCUGUCGUUCAGGCUUAACUUCCGCGACUUCUCGGACGGCACGCUGGGCCUUGCAUGGAUCGCUGGCGACGAAAUGGGCUCUGGUGGCAUCUGCGAGCGGUACCGGUCGUCAGUAGAGUACGAUCCCGUCAAAGGCGAAUACAGGCAGGCCCAGGAUGAGCCUCAACUGCGGAAUCACCACGCUCAUCAACCAGCGGCAGUACGUGGGGAUACUGGUAGGCUCACUCACGCUCGCCCACGAGAUCGGUCACACCUUCGGA